AUGAAUAGAAUAACGCACUUGGUGAAUAAGAGGGUUUUCCACAAAAUGUUAGCAUUACGGGUUGCAUACAAAAGCAAGAGUAGCAUAUUUGCAGGAGCAAGAUUGUCUAGAUGGUUUUAUUCUACCAGAGAGCAGGAGCCUCUUCAGCAGUUAAGUGUUAUGUUACAGAAGAACCUUGCUCAUCGAAACAACGUGCUUUCAAACCAGGGUUCGGAGACUCUAAGAUGUACUGUAUUUAAUGAAAAUGGAGAUUUAAAAUCUAGAAUUGCAACAGAAAUUAAGCGGGAUGAUAUCCUUCAAAAAUAUGGGUUGCUACCUCGAGACUUGAGAAAGAUUGAGAAAUCAAGAAGGAACGAUUUGGUCCCUAUUAUGCUUGUUCGUGAAAACUGCAUUAUGUUCAGCCUUCUAAACAUCCGUGCCCUAGUGAAGAGCGACGUGGUGCUGCUUUUUGAUCCCAUGGGGGUGACAUUGGAUUCCAAAGCUCAUACCGCUUUCCUCAAUGAUCUGCAGAUAAGACUCAGGAACCAGGGCGGACAAGGCAUAGGUAUUGAUCCCUUACCCUAUGAAUUCCGAGCAUUGGAAUCGAUUUUUAUUUCCGCAAUAUCUAAUCUCACCGCAGAACUUCAGGUGCACUCUGCAGUGACCAAAGGUAUUCUAAAAGAUCUGGAAUAUAGCAUAACGAAGGAGAAGCUUAAAUUUUUAUUAGUACAAAAUAAGAAACUUGGUGCCUUCCACAAGAAAUCUCUCCUAAUGGGAGAGAUGAUCAACGAACUCUUGGAACAAGAUGAUGUGCUAUCGGCAAUGUACCUGACAGAUAAAAAGUGUGGCAGGCCCAGAGAUGAGGCCGACCAUAACGAGAUAGAAAUGUUAUUAGAGACAUAUUACACUCAGGUUGAUGAGAUUGUCCAAUCAAUCAAGGGUAUGCUUUCAAACGUGCGCACUACUGAGGAAAUUAUCAACAUUAUAUUAGACUCCAACCGUAACCAGUUGAUGUUACUCGGGUUAAGGUUUAGCAUUGGCCUGUUUUCCAUGGGGGCAGCUCUAUUUGUGGCCUCGUUAUAUGGAAUGAACUUAGAAAACUUUGUGGAAGAUGGAAAUAUCAGUUUUAUCUUGAUCGUUACAGUAAGCUUGGUUUCGAUGUCCUGGCUCUUCGUAAACACUAUAAAGCGUCUACACAAAUUGCAAAAAAUGACUUUACUAGGCAACCGAUAG